GAUCGUAUUUCAAGAAGCUGAAUAUAUAGACCAUUUCCCAUGUAGAUUGGGCUAGUUUCAGUGAUGCCUCACUGGGGGGAAAAGUGUCGCACAUACCGCCUAGGUGUUGUCUGCACCAGCCUUGGAUUUCUCGGAUACAUCCUCGCAUUCAGUCUCCCCACCUGGAGCCACGUUUUUGUACCUGCUGGCGAUAUAGACACUGUAGAGUACGAUCAAGGGGAGUAUGUGAAUGGUGGCCUAUGGCUUCACUCGUGUGAAGGGUGGUCCAGCUGCCGACCGUUUAACGUUACACAACAGACGGUCUUGUUUCACUCGGCACGAUCUCUGGCCAGCGCGGCUCUCCUUUUGGCUGUCAUAUCACUGGUUCUUAUACCAUUAUAUAACUUCACCGGCUACUCCAGAUUCCUAAAGAAUGAAACUGAACUUGUGUCAGUAUUUCCACUCAUUUCAGGAUUAUUCGGAGCAGCAGCAUGUAUUGUAUACAUCUUCUGUCAAGAAAUCAAGUUUCUGUACUGGGGCGUGGGUGUAGGCUGUGCUGGAAGUGCCAUGGCUAUCUAUGGAGGGAUGUUUAUGUUGGCGGGACUCCGGAAUGACAAGCAGUGUCGAAGAACAAGAAGAACGAGAAGAAGAAGAAAUAACUCAACCGAUAAUUUUUCGGCAGUACACCAGUGUACUGCAAUGGACGAGAACAGCGUGGUAGCGCCCUUCACCUAUUUAAGACCUGCUGGGUCUCAGACCAGUGUGUUGGUGUCUCGCCCAGACCAGACACCUCAAUACGCCGUGCCCUAUCACCACAGUAAUACGUCCUCGGACCAGGAACCAUCUGUGCACGCCACUGCUCCACCACUCAUCGAUCAUGUGCCCCAAGCUUCACGAUUUGCUGACCAAUAUUAACGUUUGAACAUAAAAUAUGUAUCUAAUACUGGCAGAAUAAGACAUGAUUUACAAUGUACAAUGUGUCUUAGGACACUGCUGCCUGUCGUAGGAGGCGACUAACUCGGCCUGCUCUUGGUUGUAUGACAAGGGUGAUGACUGCAACCUUCCAAUGGCCAACAUUUCCUUUGUCAAGCAAUAUUCCGGCAGCUCUAGACUUUAGUGUUUACAUUUCACAACGUUUGAGGUACAACUGAGCAUGCUCUUUCUACCAAGACUUCUUAGAGCGUCAUA